AGCAAAACCCAUUUGAAUGAUUCAGAAAAUGGUUAAUCUCAAAAGUCUUUCUGUUUUUCUUCUUCAUUUGGUGUUCGUCCUUUUCGUGGUUGAAGUUGCCAGUGCACAAAGCCUGAGUCCGGACUUUUACAAGAAACAAUGCCCGAAAGUGGAGGACAUUGUUAAACGCACGACGGCUAGUUUCUUAUCUCGCGCACCGAGCCUUGCAGGUCCCUUGUUGAGAAUGCAUUUUCAUGAUUGCUUUGUUAGGGGAUGCGAUGGUUCUGUGCUGAUAAACUCCACAAAAGGAAACCAAGCUGAGAAAGAUGGGUUCCCUAAUCUAACCCUAAGAGGCUUCCAAGUAAUCGAUGCUGUAAAAUCAGCUUUAGAAAAAGAAUGCCCCGGUAUUGUUUCGUGUGCUGACAUUCUAGCUGUCGUCGCCCGUGACGCUGUCACAAUGAUGAAUGGACCAUCAUGGAAGGUCCCCUUGGGACGCAGAGAUGGAAGGGUAUCACUCGCCUCAGAUGCUAACAACAAUCUGCCAGCGCCUUUCUCCAACUUUUCUACUCUGCAAAGUAGCUUCGCAGCCCUUGGAUUGAAUGUAAAAGACCUCGCAGUUCUAUCAGGAGGACACACCUUAGGGAUUUCUCAUUGCCCUCCGUUUUCGAACCGUCUGUACAAUUUCACCGGAAAGGGCGACACGGACCCGAGCAUGGAUCAGAACUACGUCGCGACACUGAAGAAGAAUAAAUGCACGACGGCGGGAGACACGACAAGCAUAGUGGAGAUGGAUCCUGGGAGUGCAAAAAUCUUUGACACCAGUUACUACACUCUUGUGAGCAAGAGGAGAGGGCUGUUCGAGUCGGAUGCGGCUCUUUUGACCAAUAGCGUCACCAAGGCUUACGUUCAGCAACAGAUGAAUCCCAGCACGGCUACCUUCUUCAAGGAUUUUGGAGACUCAAUGGUGAAGAUGGGAAACAUCGGUGUCCUCACUGGCAAAGCUGGGGAAAUCAGGAAGAUCUGUUCCCGGAUUAACUAAACAAUUUCUUUUUUUGGUUGGCCUGGGUUUGAUUAUUUGUUUUGGUUAAAAGUUUUUUUUUUUUUAAUGGGUUUGGGAUUUGUUAUAUAAAUUCAUUG